AUGCUCAGACUACAAUUGGCGAGAAACUCGAGGAGAUUUCUCUCAACCAAGAAACAACCAUCCAUUGGUAGAUUCACAGGGAAACCAGACCCCAGCACGGGCAAAUUCACGGUGUCUUUCAUCGAGGGUGAUGGUGUCGGUCCCGAAAUCUCCAAAUCUGUCAAGGACAUCUUUAAGGCUGCAGAUGUUCCUGUUCAGUGGGAAAAAUGUGAUGUGACGCCGCUAUUCAUCAACGGGCUUACGACGAUCCCAGAUCCUGCGGUCAAGUCCAUUUACAAGAACUUGGUCGCUUUGAAAGGUCCUCUGGCGACCCCCAUUGGUAAAGGUCACCGUUCUUUGAACUUGACGCUACGUAAGACUUUCGGUCUUUUCGCCAACGUGCGUCCUGCCAAGUCCAUUGAGGGUUUCAAGACCACCUACGACAACGUCGAUCUCGUGCUAAUCAGAGAAAACACUGAGGGUGAAUACUCCGGCAUCGAGCACGUUGUGUCCCCUGGUGUUGUACAAUCCAUCAAGUUGAUCACUCACGAUGCUUCCGAAAGAGUUAUUAGAUAUGCGUUCGAGUACGCAAGAGCCGUUGGAAGACCAAAAGUCGUGGUUGUGCAUAAAUCUACCAUUCAAAGGCUGGCCGACGGUCUGUUUGUCAGUGUUGCUCAAGACUUGAGCAAAGAGUAUCCAGACAUCGAACUACAGACCGAAUUGAUCGACAACACUGUUCUAAACGUUGUUUCCAACCCUGGCACUUACUCUGAUGUUGUCGCUGUUUGUCCAAACUUGUAUGGUGAUAUUUUGUCGGACUUGAACUCCGGUUUGGGAGCUGGUUCUCUUGGUUUGACUCCAUCCGCCAACAUCGGGCAUCAGGUGUCCAUUUUCGAGGCUGUCCACGGUUCUGCGCCGGACAUUGCAGGUCAGAACAAGGCCAACCCAACCGCUUUGUUACUCUCGUCUGUUAUGAUGUUAAACCACAUGGGUCUUGCUGACCAUGCGGAUGCGAUCGAGAAGGCGGUCCUAGGUACAAUCGCUUCCGGUCCAGAAAAUAGAACAGGUGACCUGGCUGGUUCCGCCAGUACUUCUUCCUUUACGGAGGCGGUCAUUAAAAGAUUGUAA